CGUUCUGUGCUCGCUCGUGAGCGCAACAAUGUGAACAGAAUUUUUGACUGGCCCAGAGUUGCAUUUGUUUUUAUUUUUUUGUUUGCCUCCGAAACUAAUCGUCGUGUGUGUUUCUGUUGGUGUUGCUAUUAUAAACUGAUCCUGAUCCCACCUGCACACCCAUUAAUGAGCCAUGAUGUCGGGCACCCAAGACUAUGAUCGCAAAUAUGUGCGCAGCAUUGAGGGAAUAUGCAAAUUAGCAUGCUUGCUAAGCAGUUUUAUUGGCUUUCUGUGUAUUUUGUGCGCUCCGGUGCGUGUGAGUAAUUUUCGUGGUAGCUUCUACUUGGCCGUGGCAAUAAUUGGGUUUCUGGCCACACUCACACUAUUGUUGGCCCGUUUGUUACAUUUGUGGCAACGUCUAUGUUGCCGCUGUGACUCAACUCUCUGGUCACUGGGCGUACAUUUAGCCCUGGCUAUAUCAUAUUUUUUGGCCUCUGGUAUGGUUCUAUCAUUGGAUUUAGCCAGCUAUACAGCGGCAGCGUUUUUUGGUCUAAUAGCAUUCAGCAUUAAUGCCGUAGAGGCCUAUGUCAACUGGAAACGUAGUCGACAAAGAGAUAUGGCCACUCAGACCAUGGCCUAGUGCAGCUUGGUCAUUACCCCGAGAACAUCUCCCUGUGUAUUAAAGAUAAAUAUGGAAAAAAAAAAACUAUUUAAAGUCUGCUUAAAGUUAAGUUGUAAGAACGUGUGUAUUUUUUUUUUUCUAUUUGUAUUUGUUAUUUACUAUAUGAAAACAAGAUAAGUUUAUAUAUACAUAAAUAUUUUUUUGCAUAAUUCUAGUAAGUAGGUCAUUUAAAGCAAAAAAGGAAGUGACAAAGGAAAACCAAAGUUCUAAAAAAACAAAGCAACAAGUCAAAGAUAUGUAAAUGAGCUAUUAAAUAAAGUCUUAAGUCUAAUGUGAAAGAACCACUACAAA